AUGCGGCCGCCCCCGGGGCGGUGGUGGCUGCUGCUGUGGCUGCCGCCAUUGUCCACACUGCCCGCAGGCGCUGUGCGCGGAGAGGAGGAGGCGGCGGCGGCGUUGUCAGUUCCAAGGUGUAAAGCUCUGAAGGAAAUGGAUUUUAUUAAAACUUCUAACUCAGACUGUUAUUGCUACAAUCAAAAUUCCCAAGUGGAGUGGAAAUACAUGUGGUCAACUAUACAGGUGAAAAUUACCAGUUCAGGCCUGCUCAAUAUUGUAUAUAUCACAGAAAGACAUAAUUGUCAGUAUCCAGAAACCGUUCUAUCUUUUAUCAAAUGUAUGAUUCAUAAUUUUUGGACACCAAAGGAGUCUAAUGAAAUAACCAUAAUCAUCAAUCCAUAUGGAGAGACCAUGUGCUUUUCUGUGAAGCCUGUCAGGAAGAUAUUUGUCUAUACAAUUAGUGUGAAUCGAAACAUUGUAGAUUUCAAACUCUUCCUUGUGUUUGUGGCAGGCAUUUUCCUCUUCUUUUAUGCAAAGACGUUGAGUCAAAGUCCUAUUUUCUUUUACUCUUCUGGGACCGUGCUAGGUGUUCUAAUGACCUUAGUCUUUGUCCUGCUGCUGGUGAAAAGGUUUAUUCCUAAGUAUAGCACCUUUGGGGCUCUAAUGGUUGGUUGUUGGUUUGCUUCAGUUUAUGUUGUGUGCCGAUUGAUGGAGGAUCUGAAGUGGCAAUGGCAUGAAAACAGAAUAUAUAUAUUAGGCUAUGUCCUAAUGGUGGGAUUUCUCAGCUUUGCUCUUUGUUACAAACACGGACCCCUUGUUGACGAAAGGAAUGUAAAUCUUCUGACGUGGACACUGCGGCUCCUCGCCCUGCUCCUGAUCUAUUGUGGGGUCACCGUGCCCCAGUACUCAUAUGCACUUAUGAUCCUCAUCCUGUCCUCCAGGAGUCUGCGCUACCCAUUGAAAGCAUUCAGUUAUAUGAGGUGGAAAAUGAAGAAAUGGUUUACAUCAGAAAAGCUGGUGGUUAAGUAUCUUACUGAAGACGAGUACAGGGAACAGGCGGAUAUGGAAACGAACAGUGCCCUGGAGGGGCUGCGCCACGCCUGCCGCAGGCCUGACUUCCCCGCGUGGUUGGUCGUCUCCAGACUCCAGGCUCCCAACAAAUUUGCAGACUUUGUUCUUGGAGGAAGCCACUUAUCACCUGAAGAAAUUAGCCUUCAUGAAGAGCAAUAUGGCUUUGGGGGUGCCUUCUUGGAAGAGCAGCUGUUUAACCUGAGGACUGCCUAAUGACCGCCUGUGCAUUGACUUCAUUCUGGACAAGGAAAUGGGUUAAGGGCAAGGGUCCUAUUAACAUUGGGCAGAACUCUUCUAGGGAACAGUGGCAAAAGCAUUUACUAUGGGAAGGAGUCAUACUGGAAAGGAAAACUAAACUAUAUUGAAGAUAACUUUUCAUUCUUUGUGAGUUCUGCUCCUUAUUGUACUAUAGGUAGCCAUCAAGGUUCUGUGAGAGUCAUUACCACUUUCCUUGAAUGAAGAUUUUCAUUAGGAACAGGGGAAUCAUGUUGAUCUUCAAGGAGCCAGUUAACACAAACAUCUGCCUUGUCAACACCAGGACAUUAAAUCUUCUCUUAACCCUCAGAACUUGUGUCAAAAGACGAUAUUGCUCUUCCUACAUGUUAUCAGUGUAAGUGCUGGAAGAGAUCUGAGAUACGCUGGACCAAUGUAUCCAAAGUAUAAUCCCCAGGAUGCUAAUAAAUGCUAGUCAGUAAAGGGAUUCUGAGGUCAUCUAAGAUUGAGACAAAGUUAA